AUGAAAAGAGAAACAGUUGAAUUGGGAUUGAUAGUGAUAAGUAGUUUGUUAGUGUAUUGGUCACAUCAUAGAGACGAAUCAUCAUCAUCAUCAUCAUCUAUCAAGAAAUUAUUCAAUGACGACGACGAUAGGUUGAAACGUAUUCAAGAUCAACAACAACAAAGAUAUAUAGAUGGACCUUUAUCAUCAUUAUCUGAACUCAUAUUCUUUGUCAUUAAUAUUGGUCUAGUCAUCUUGUCAUCCUACAUUAAAGAACCAAUCUUUAAUCAUGUAUUGACCAAAUCAACUAGAACUGAAAAGGGAUUGGAUCAAGGACUACCAUUGGCACUGUCUCUAUUGCCAAUGGUCUACACAUCGAUCAAAUCAUCUAAUCUUGGAAUGGUGUCAUCAUCCUAUUCAAUCCCUUCACAUAUAUUCUCAACCAUUGUCACUGUACAACAUCUACUCUUGGCAUCAUACCUAGCAUCUGUAACAUUACUCUUUGUCAUUUUGAAAAAGAAGUAUCUACAUUUAAUCUUAAUCUCUCUACUCAUUAUAGUAAUUGAUUAUACUACUUUUGGAAUAGAAGCAAUGAUAUUUGUAAUUGGAUAUAAUAUAUUAUUUAUAAUAUUAUUCAAAGCAAUAUUAAAUUAUUUCCAAACUAGUUUUACAUUUGGAGAGGCAUCUAUUAUAAGUCAGUUGAUCUCAUCACUUUCAAUACCAUCGAUUUUCUAUUUAUACGAUCAAUGGGAUCAUGUCAAUCCUUGGCCAGGGUCUGGUGGUGGUGGUGUCAAAGAGUUGGAAUUUAUGACUGAUAAUUUACAAGUUAUUAAAGUUGCAAUUGUUGUAUUGAUCAUUGGUGCUAUACUCAUUGGUAUAGUAACAUCUAGACUGACUACAUUUAUACGAAACAAUGCGUUGAUUCAACAAUCAAACACAAUGUUUUCACUCCAUGUACUAUUAUUCUACACGAUUGCAUUGUUUAUGAUAUUUGGAGUCUACUAUCCAUUACUCUAUCAUUUAAUUGGUCAAAAUAUAUUCCUUUGGCUACAAACCUACCUCAUUCCAGAAUCACUCGAAAUGUUAUACCAAUCAUCUGUUGGAAAUAGAAUUACCGUUAUUGCAUGUUGGAUUGGAUUACUAUUUGUUACCAUCUUAUUCUUUUCACCUCCUUCUUCCAAUAAUAACAACUCUACAUCUAUAUCAACAUCAACAUCAACAUCUACAUCAACAUCAAAGAAAUCAACAUCAUCAUCAUCAUCAUCAACAUCAACAUCAUCAACAACAAAUAAUCAACAACAACAACAACAACAACAACAACCAAAUAUAAUAUUAAGAAAAUAUUUCCAUUUAUUAGCAAUUAUAAUGUUUUUACCAGGGAUAUUGAUGGAAAGAACAUUCAUGUCAUUAUCAUUUGGAGUAUCAAUCAGUGCAUUGAUACUAAUAGAAAUAUUGAAAUAUGGUAGAGUUCCUCCGAUGGGAAAAUAUAUUGCCGGAUACAUGGACGCAUUCUUGGACGCAAGAGAUUCUGGUGUUAUUACACUUACCCAUAUUUACCUAUUGCUUGGAUGCUCGAUUCCUGUUGUUAUCCCAUUCUAUCUCGACAUUAGUUUUUCUACAACCAAGCCACUGCUUUCUAUCUUUUCCGGUUUGCUAACUAUUGGUGUUGGUGAUAGUGCAGCAUCCUAUUUUGGAGUGAGAUAUGGACGUACAAAAAUGUUUGGUACCUCCAAAUCAUUACAAGGAACCAUCGGUGGUAUCACAUGCACCGUUUUGGCAUGUCUUGUACUCUUACCAUUUAUUGGUAUUCCUUUUACCCUCUCCACACUGGUUCACAUCAUUAUUACCUCUACACUAUGUUGUUUAAUUGAGGCAUCAACUACCCAAAUAGAUAAUUUGGUUUUACCUCUUGUUUGUUUAUCUUUAUUAAAUAUUUAA